UAAAACGUGCAUCAUCUAAUUUUUUUUUACAACCUCAAAAUUUUCCUAACUCAUUCUUCUCUCCUUUUUUUUUAAGUGUCCAUUAUACUAAACUCUUAAAAAUUUAAUUUCAAGAACAAUUUCCAAGUUGCACAAAAAAAUAAAACAUAGGAAAUUGUUGCGUUCUUGAGAUGUCUAGUGUUGUUCUUUGGGUGAAUUGUGGGCCCAAAGAGAAUGCCAAAUCAAUGGUGGAUAUUUGUAGCAUUGGAAGAACACAAAGGAGUGUUAAAGUGUGUUCUAGGAUAAAGUUUGGAAGUGGGGGUGCAGUGGUAGCAGAAUCUUUGAGAAGCUCAGAAGAGAGGGUGUAUGAAGUAGUUUUGAAGCAAGCAGCUUUGGUGAGAGAAGAAAAGAGGGGUGCAAAUAUAGAAUUUGAUUUGGAGAAAACAAUUGAAGGUGAUUUUAGUAAUGGGGAUUUGUUGAAUUUGGCUUAUGAUCGGUGUGGUGAAGUUUGUGCUGAGUAUGCCAAGACUUUUUACCUCGGUACACAAUUGAUGACUGAAGAACGCCGAAAAGCCAUAUGGGCAAUUUAUGUGUGGUGUAGAAGAACUGAUGAACUAGUAGAUGGCCCAAAUGCUUCACACAUCACACCCAAAGCAUUGGACAGGUGGGAACAACGACUAAGUGAUGUUUUUGAAGGUCGACCCUAUGAUUUGUAUGAUGCUGCCCUCUCACACACCGUCUCAAAGUACCCCGUAGAUAUUCAGCCAUUCAAGGACAUGAUAGAAGGGAUGAGGAUGGACCUAAGAAAGUCAAGAUACAAUAACUUUGAUGAGCUCUAUCUUUAUUGCUACUAUGUUGCUGGGACAGUAGGUCUUAUGAGUGUCCCUGUAAUGGGGAUAGCACCACAGUCCAAGGCUUCAACUGAGACCAUUUAUAAUGCAGCAUUGGCAUUAGGCAUUGCAAAUCAACUCACAAAUAUACUCAGAGACGUUGGAGAAGAUGGUAGAAGAGGAAGAGUGUAUCUCCCACAAGAUGAGCUGGCGCAAGCCGGCCUAUCAGACGACGACAUAAUGCGUGGAAGAGUAACAGAAAAAUGGAGGAAUUUCAUGAAAGGACAAAUAAAAAGAGCAAGGAUGUUUUUUGAUGAAGCAGAAAAGGGUGUUGCAGAGCUUAGUUCUGCUAGUAGAUGGCCUGUAUGGGCUUCAUUGUUAUUGUAUAGGCAAAUAUUAGAUUCUAUUGAAGCCAAUGAUUAUGAUAACUUCACUAAAAGAGCUUAUGUUGGAAAAGUUAACAAGUUAUUAUCAUUACCUGCUGCUUAUGGAAUUGCACUUUUAGGUCCUCAAAACUUAACCAAAUUUUUAAUGAGAUGACUACUUUUAGUUUGAUAA